CACGCGGCAAAACUUCGGCCGAGGUGGUGCUCCUCCUCGCCUUCCGUUCCUUGCGGUACAGAAGGAUCCUCUACCCAAUCUCAUCUCAGCAUGGCAAAGGCAAAGUCGACGAAGGCCAAGGGCCUCAAAGACACUCGUCUACCGUCGUCGCCUCCUCUUCCUCCCGCCACGCCUCUCCGCUCCCACAGGCAGGCAGAUUUGGCCGCCCUCGAAGCUCCCUUUCUUGCCUCCUUUGCAGGGGCCGACUUCGAGCAGCAGCGCAAGCAAGAAAUAAAGAAUGGUAAGAGGAGGGACACAGAUGUGAGCGUCGAGGAAGUCCUUCAGAGGCCUAGAAAGAGUCUGUCGCGCCAGCAAGGAGGCAGAGCAGCUACAACGCCCCCCGCUCAGCCGCCUCGUCGCCAGCCCGUAACCGUCAUCUUCGACGAAGGUGGCUCGGCAGGACGCCAGCAAGGGCAAGAAUCUCCAUCGUUGGAGGCGAAGAAGAAUUGGAGGGAGUUCAUGGAUUCAAAGACGGGGAAUACCGGUCCGGAUACCUUCAGCAGUGCUUCCGAAUUCAUUCGCGAACGGAAUGCUGCAAAGCAACAGAAGAAGCGAGAUGUAGAAGCUACAGCGGAAGAAGCUUCGGAGGACGAGGCAGCACAGGCAACAAAUGAUCGACAAUUGAGCCACCUCCUCAAUACUACUCUCUUCGCACGAGGUGGGCCCCGAGGAACGGGAGCCUCGAGCAGCAAAGACAAGCCAGACCUCUCCUCGCACGACACACUCGCUCGUAUUCUCGAACUAUCUUCUUCUUCGCAAGCGCGCAAAGGCCAAGUCUUUGGUAGAGGCCAAGGGGCAAAAUCGCUGAAAGCUUCGCAACUGAAGACUAUGCCCGUGAAGAUCAGAGAGGGCAUCCGAAGCGCGGCAGGAGGCAGAGCUGAGAAGGAGGUGGAGCGCAACAAGGAGAUGGGUUUGCUAAGUGACGCCUACUCGCGCAAGCUGAUGGGUAGACAGUACGAGGAUGAGACGAUGACGGGCAAGAGGCGUGAGAAAAGGGACAGGGUCAGAGGUCUGGGUAUGGGUGUGGGCAAGUUCAGGGGUGGCAUUUUGAAGUUGAGCGAGGAGGAAGUGAGCAGGAUCACCGGCGAGGGAAGGGAGGGGUCCAGAGGAGGGUCGUCUGGCCGCGGCAGAGGCGUGGGUAGGGCAAGUGGACCAGACAAGAGGGGGAGGAUGAAGUGAAGCGAACGUCGAAUGUACCAUGCUCCUGUCAUCUGCAUCAUGGCAGUCACCACCGCAGUCCUUGCCCAACGACCACUUCACCCUCACCAC